GAAGCCAAACGAAAAAACUUGGUUGUACAAGGCAAAGGAAAUCGUCCCAAUGCAACUCGCUCGCUGACAAGUGAAGAAGAAAACAAGCUUUACGACAGUGGAGCAUUUGGCGUAGAAAACCCAGUAUCACUUCAGAGGACCAUGUGGUGGCUGUUAUCGUUACAUUUUGGCUUUAGAGCCCGUGAUGAAAGCCGAAAGUUGUGCUGGGGAGAUGUUUCUCUACAAACAGAUCCAAGUCAAGAYGGCCGCGAAAUGCUUGUAUGRCUYAAUGAGCGUGGAACAAAGACCCGAAAAGGCGACGAAAACGGUCACAGGCGUCCUUUCUCUCCCAAAGCUUAUGCCACGAAUACAGACAAAUGCCCAGUAAUGUAUUACAAGUUAUUUGAWCAACACAGACCYGAGGAAAUGAAACGUCCAGAGUCUCCAUUCUUUCUUGCUGUACGCCACGGUGAACGCAAAGUCAAUCCUGAGAUCUGGUACAAGAAGUCCCCUUUGGGAAAAAAUGAAAUCGGCAAGUUUAUGAAAACUGCUGCAAGCGAAGCCGAACUUCAGAGAGAUGGCUCUAAAGUCUCAAAUCACAGUGUGAGGAAAACCAGCAUCAGUCGUCUACUGGAUGCAAAUACUCCAGAGAAUUUUGUGGCUYAACUAAGUGGACACAAAAACCUUCAAAGUCUGCAGUCCUACAAGUMUGCAAGCGAAACACACCAACGCCAAAUGUCGUACAUCUUAAGUGGCGGAAUUGAUGAAAACCGUCAGUUAACACAAGCCGCUAGUAGUACGAGUUUUCAGCAGUCAUUAUGCUUGCCGUCCUCAAGUAAUCAGUUGAGUCUUCAGCAAUCAACCAGCACAUGUACUUCCCUUGCCGUUCAAACCUCAAACCCAAGUGCUUUAGAUAGCAUUUUUAGUGGAGCCAACAUAAGCAAAAUUUCCGACUGUCAGUUCCAGAUUUUCAAAGGACCAGUCAACAUUCAGCAAGGAGGGAAAAAGCGACGUUAUAUCAUCGAGAGUGACGAUGAAAAUUGAACAUUCUCUAAAAUUACUGCAAGGUCUGCACGUGUUGACGUUUUCWAUCGUCUUAAUCUUGACUCUUGAACUCUUUCUACAAUCAUUUGGAACUUCUGAAAUAUUUUUUUGCAAAAUUACCGUAUUUUGCCAAAUUAAAAGCGGU